AUGAGGAAGACUGUCGAAAAGAUUCUAUCCUUAUCGGAAACGGAGGAUACAAAAGAGCUACAGCAGCACCUCACCAGCAUAUCCGAUGAACAGCUGAAAACACUGGUCACUAAAAGUGCACUGAAGGGAAAGGACACAUGUGCCUUAAUCAAAGCAGUGUUUAAAGGUUCACCAGUGGCUGUUUCAGAGGGGCUUGACCGCAGAUUGCUCGUUUAUAAGCACUGUAUUCCUCUGUGUGAGUCUGGAGACCUACAGGCAAAGGUGGCCUCUGACGUUAUCGGGCUCUUAAUGUUUGAGACGCAUAGCCUGCCGGGUCCAUCGUUGGCAAAAUUAGCGUCACUCUUCGUGGAGGCGGUCAAAGUGGGCGAAAUGGGCACCGGAAAAUCAUUCGAGCUCUUCCCCACCAUCCUCACUGCUCUGGCUGGCACAGAGGCUUUGGGUUACGGCAAAGGUGAGCUAAGUGGAAAUGAGUAUAAGAAGCAGCUGAUCAACAGCCUUUGUUCCAGCAGAUGGGACCCACAGUGUGUGAUCCAUCUCACUACCAUAUUCAGAGAUGUGCCUUUGUCACUUGAGGAGCUGCAGUUUUUUAUGGAGAAGGUCCUGAGGAUGUUCAAUAAACUGGACCUACAGGAGAUUCCUCCCCUGAUCUACCAGCUCCUGUUGCUGUCUGCAAAGGGCUGUAAGAAGCUGGUGCUGGAGGGAAUUAUUAACUAUUUCAAAGAGCAGGAUCAGUGUCAGAAAGAGGAGCAACAGGAUGGAGAGGGCAUGGAUGUAGGAGUGCAGACCAUUCCCCUGGACCAGCUGAAGCACGUGGAGGGAACUGCUAUUCUACACGUUGUCUUCGCUGUGCGGCUCGACUGUGAUUUAGGCAGGGAGUUGUUGAAAAGCCUCAAGGUCAAACCAUCCAGAAUGCUGUGUUCAUUCAGCAUCGCCCUGCUCCUGUCUAUUGCACGGAUUCAGCGUUAUGAAGAACAGGUGUUUGAUUUUCUCAAGAGUGCCAUUACCAAGAGUUUUAAGGAUGAACAAAUCCAGCAGGGCUCUAAGUUUCUGCAGGGCCUGCUUCCCCAGGGGAACAGUAUCGCACACAUGAUCCUGGACACGGUCAAAAACAGUGUGUUUGGCUGGGACCAUGUCACUCAGGGAUUGGUUCAGCUGGGAUUCAUCCUCAUGGACUCUUUUGGGCCAAAGGCAGGCCCAUUUGGGAAGACGUCAGAGGGACCGUCUAACACAGCAAAAACCCCAACCCAACUGGCAUGUCAGCUGGGAAGUCAGGUUCUGCUCGAGAGCUUCAAGCUGCACGAGCUCAUCAGAGUUGAGAUUCUGGAACAAGUGCUGAACAGACUGUACACCAAGAUGGCUUCACCAGUGGGUCAUUUUAUAGAGCUCCUCUCUAACAUAGUUAUGUCUGCUCCCAUGAUCCUCUUGGAGUGCUCGUCCAAGGUAACUGAGACAUUUGAUCAGCUGUCGUACCUGCCUCACAACACUGUGAUGGGUGUCCUCAAAGCCGUGCAGCCCCUGCUGAAAGUCAGUAUGUCCAUGAGGGACUCUUUGAUUCUGGUGCUGAGAAAGGCCAUGUUCUCCAGUCAUUUGGAUGGGCGGAAAUCCGCCGUGGCAGGCUUCCUGUUACUUCUGAAGAACUUCCGGGUGCUGGGGAGUUUGGCCCCCAGCCAGGCCAGUCAGAUACUGAGUUCCAGUCAGGUCCAAGCAGACGUCCACUCGCGCUAUAAUUCUGCUGCAAACGAAGCCUUCUGUCUGGAGAUCCUCAGCAGCCUCCGCCGCUGCCUGGGCCAGCAGGCGGACGUGCGUCUGAUGCUCUAUGAGGGUUUCCACGAUGUUCUCCGUCGCAACUCUCAGCUGGCCAGUUCCAUCAUGCAGACCCUCUUAUCUCAGCUUAAACGGUACUAUGAACCAGAGCCGGACUUGCUGCCUCCUUUUAAGCUGGAAUCCUGCAUCAGCGCUCAGGGAGACCAGGUCUUUCUCCAGGAGCCACUGGCUCACCUACUGGGCUGCACGGUUCAAUGCCUGCUGUGGUACCAAGGUGUGCGGGAGUCAAGACAGCCCGUUGCGACCGAUAGCGAUGAUGAGGAUGAGCAGGAGGAAGGAGGGUUCCAAGAAGAGCUCCAGACCAUGCUGGAGAGCGUGACGAGACGACUGAUUAAGAGCGAUCUGGAGGACUUUGAAUUGGACAAAUCGGCAGACUUUUCUCUGACCUCAAGUGUAGGGGUGAAGAACAACAUAUACGCUAUACUAGUUAUGGGAGCCUACGAGGUUCUGAUAGAAUACAACUUCAUUACCGCCAACUACAGCAAGGGCCGCUUUGAGGAAAUACUGGAGCUUUUUAAUCGUUACCACAGGCUGGCUGAGAUUUUGAGGGAGAAGUCAAAAAAGGGCAGGGUCCCCUCCAGUAAAACCCCUCGAAGUCUGCUCUCCCUAAGCUUUGUGUCUACCCUGCUCACGGCUCUGUUUAGGGACAGCACUCAGAGCCGGCAGGAGAGCCUCUCUGUGCUGCGCAGCAGUGGAGAGUUCCUGCGUUACUCCGUCAGCGUGGCUCUACAGAAGAUCCAGCAGGUGGAGGACACAGGACACACAGACGGCCCUGAGGGACAGAGCCCAGAAAAGAUCUUCCGCCACCUUUGUGACAUCACCAGCGUUCUAAUGUGGAGAUACACAAACAUCCCGUCUGCAGUAGAGGAUGCAGGGGCCAAGGAGAAGAGUGUCUCUCUGCUGUGUCUGGACGGUUUGCUGAGAGUAUUCAGCACCGUGGUGCAUCGCUAUCCCACCAAAGUGGCCAACUUUCUCUGUGCCCUGGAUGUGUCAGAGGAGGAGAGGGAUGAGGAGAUGAAGAACGGUAACCUGACAGAAAAGAUUGCCUUCUACAUCCGCCAGUUCCAGCGUGCUUUGUUCAGUCAACUCAGUGGAGGUCAGGAGGACUUCAGCAGUAAAGAGGCCCAGCUGCUGGUCAGCAUCCUCAAUGUGCUUUCACAUCAGCUGGAUCCAACCUCACAACAGUUUGUCCAGAUGAUUACAUGGACGGUGAAAAUCUGCAAAGAAACCAGCUUUGAGGAUGUGCCAUUCUCCAAGGGCCUGCUGUCCCUGCUCUUCAGCCUGUACACACUCUAUAAAAGCCCUGUGAGUGUGCUGUGGGAACUCUGCCAGGACAUCCACAGUCAGCUGGGAGAUAUAGACCAGGAUGUGGAGGUGGAGAAGCAAUCUCAUUUUGCCAUGGUCAACCUAAAGACUGCUGCACCUAUCACGCUACUGGUUCUGUCCCAAGUGGGAAGAGUACUGGAGGAAGUGGACUGGGUGAUAUCUAAGAAGAAAAGCCAAUUAAGUUCAAACAAGACGACCUCAGAGCCUACCACGCAGACAGCAGAGCACCAGGACCCGGUGGAGAAGGCAGUAAUCCAGCAGUUGGGUACUCUGCUUACGGCUCUGAAUGAGCUGGUUCAGACGGCCUUACCUCCUGGAGUCUGCACUGACACUUUACUGAAGGAGCUUGGCAGCACAUACAGCAUCCUCACCACUCUGGUCAAAUAUUACAUCCAGCUGUGUUCCAGCCACUCCAUUCAGCUCCCAGCACGCUUGGAGAAACUGGUCAAACUGUCGGGUUCUCAUCUCACCCCACAGUGCUACUCGUUCAUCACCUAUGUUCAGAGCGGUGAGCUGACUAGUGGAAAGGGAACAGAGAAGAAGAAGAAAAAGAGAGAAGAAGAGGUGGAUGUGGCUGCUUCAGCUAAAGUUCUUCGGGGGACCAAGGCCAUUCCCAAUUUGAUAUUCAACAUUGAACAGUAUGAGAAGUUUCUGAUUGUUCUCUGCAAGAAAUCAAAGGUGAAUCUGAUGCAGUACAUGAAGCUGAGCACUUCCAGAGACUUCCGGAUCAACGCAGCCACACUGGAGGCAGCACUGCAGGAGCAGGAGGGACAGAGCCAGGAGACCGAAUCCUCCCAGGUUUCCGAGGAGAGCCAGGAGCCAAAGAAGAAGAGGAGAAAGCAAUGA